AUGGGAAAGAAAGCAUGGGCAACAAAAAUCAAACCCACUUCAAUCCGCAGGGAAGAAACUCCAAAAUCACCACCGCCGCGGGAAGAACGGCCGCCAAGCCCACAACCACCGGAGCCGACUCCUCAGGCGCCAACAAUGGUUUCCUUGGAUGCAAAAGGGAGUAUGAUCGGAGGAGCCCCAUCUGAACCGAAUGUGCAAUCCACGGUACAACCAACUGUUUCCAUUCCGAUUUCCGCCGAAAUUCCACCAGAAAGAAAAUCUCCAUCGGUAACCGUACCGCCAGAAUCUUCGGAACCCUCCCAAACUCCACAACAAAGUGAUUCGAUGGAGGUUGACCCCAUAUCCGCCCAUUACGAUUCCGACUCAGAUGAACGUGAAGCGAGGAAAAGCAGGGAACAGAGGAGCCUACAGGGAGACGAUGAACCAGAGAAAACGCCGACGGCGGGGACCGUUUCUCAAGGAACGGCGAGGGAAGAGAUAGAUUUAAAUGAGACGGCCAGGAAACAAGGCCUAAUGACGGAUGGCGAAUUUCAGGCAAUUUUGGAUGGAGUAAACCAGAUGGAACACCAGCGCAGGAGCAGAGACAUGAGAGGUUGGAAAAAGCAGUGGCAGAGUUAG